AUGCGGCAACUCAAGGAAUAUCCUUCUUAUCAGCGGUAUCUAGCGACCAAUCCUGCCGACCUACAGAUAGACGAUCUUACAGCUGAUGCAAAUGGAAAGUACCAUCUCUAUGCUGGCGAGCGGUUCUGCCGAGUUGCUGGCUGCCUGAUCGAUACCCUACAUGUAUUCCCCUCUCGAAAUAACCUGCGCGCACAUUACAGAAAGCGUCAUCGAGCUAUUUAUGAUGCAUUGGAUGACGCUGGUAACCGUGGUGGAGCAGUGAAACUCGAACUACGAGUUGAUGCUUUAAGAUGGUAUAAUAAGGUCAUGGAAGACUACGACAAGCGCCAGGCUCCCAUGCUGCACCCCGAUCAAGAUCACCCGUUAACGGGGAACGGGCAGACCGAUAACAAUCACUCGCCAACAGUCCUCCGUCAUGCUAGUCGCCUUCACUCUCGGCAGCCAAGCCUGAGUGUCACUCCUAUCAAGAGACGAUUUUCAAGCAGCGAAAGUGAAAGUCUGAGCCCCUUGACAGAAAUAAGAGAUAUAGAAAGCGAUACUAAUCUCGAUAUUCCGGAAUCGACUCACACGGGCAUCGGAGGACCGUCUCGUGAACAGCAAUGGAAUUCGAGCUCGACUAUGUCUCUUAUAACGGGGGCAUUCCAUAUCCACAAUACCAACACCCCCGAUACUUCAAUGACUGAUGCUUUCCCCGGAGGCCAGACGGACCCAGCGCAGGCGGGUGUAAUGCCCCCGCGAGAUCGACACUCAGCCGCCCAUUCCCCUUCGGCUGAUCUUAUCUCGAUUUUACCUUCAUUCGAAGUAGCAUCUUUGCUUGUGGAUACUUACUUCGACCGAGCCCAUUGGUUUAUGCUCAUCUUCCACCAAGAGGACUUCCGAAAGAGAUGGCAACAGCUGUACCAAAAUCUUACGGAAGGGUCCACUAGAACCGGUUUCAAUCUUGACUUCAUCAGUACAUUGCUGAUGGCUAUCGUGAUUGGGUUACAAUACGUGGGUCCUCAUCGAAGGCAACUCCUGGCAGCGCACAACGUCGAUGCAGCAACCCUGAAAGACAGCAUCCUCACCACAGUCCGGGCUAAAAUGAUGGACAUCGUUUCCCUGGGCUCCCUGGAAGCAGCACAAACCUGCAUUCUGCUUGGCACAUACUAUCUCUACCAUGGGGAUCCCGGGCUAGCCUGGCCGAUCUGUGGCUGUGGGUUACGGAUUGCGCAAGCUCUGAAUCUGCAUCGCAGGAUAGGCAUGACCACAUCAGGUCUUGCAUCAAUGUCAUUGGAUAUGCGCCACCGAUACGAGACGCGGAAGCGUUGCUGGUGGGCUAUCUAUGAGAUUGAGACGUUCUGCUCAAUGUCAUAUGGAUACCCUCAAGCCAUCAGAGAUAUCGACUGCGAUGUCCACUUGUUGGAGCUUCUGCCCAUUGGACACUCACCUGCUCCAGUCAAUACAAGGAGUCAGGAUCAAGUCAGCCUUCUUUCGUACAAGUACUUGAUGUCCAAGCUGUCCAUGCUCACCAAAACCAUAUUGAACGAGAUGUAUGGAGCCAACUCCGAUGUACCGCACGGGCAAGGCCAGCCAUGCAAAUUUUCAGGCUGUGUUUCAACACAGCAUCAUCUAGCCCACAUGGCGUCCCACUUAGAUACUCAGUUACAGGAGUGGAAAAAGGAGAUUCCUCCACAGCUUCAUCUCAAUAAUCCUGAGACCACAUCGAUCAGAUAUGCUUCCGUAGAGGAAACGGAUCAAGAUAUUGGAGCAUCGGGGCUGAAGUUCGACAAUUAUAUCUAUCAACUCCAAGCCCUUGCCCUUGAAAUCGCAUACGAAAAUGCAAAGAUUCUUGUCCAUCGCCCUCUUCUGGAAUACAAACGAAUCCCCAGAAAUCCAUCGGUGCCUUUAUACCAAACACUGGGCCCUUGUCGAGACGCUGCUAUCAAAAUAUCGGAGAUUGGUUCAGCGUCGAUUUUCUCGUUGGCAGCAGAUACAUAUGCAGCCGCAUUCAUCGGCAUCCACACCUUCACUGCCGGUGUCACUCUUUGUAUACUGGCUAGCAUUGAGCCACUGACACUCGAGUCCCACAAGUCGAAGAUGGGAUUGCAUCGAUUGCUGGGUAUGCAGCGGACUCUGGCACCAAAGUCGCAACUAGCUGCCCAGGGACUGGCAAUUCUUGAGAGGUUGACUAAGUUGGUGAUGGAAAAGGAACUGAAACAGAUGCUUGCACAGAACGACAACCGAGGAUUCUUUGGAUCAACCCCAAGAGAAGAAGAGAGCCAAAACCCAAGUGAUGGGUCAAUCAACGACUUUGCCAACUUUGACUUUAGGGAAGACCUAACCAUAUCACAGGCUUUGUGCGACUUUGAUAGAGCGAUCUCUGGGCGCAUGUCUCCAGCAACUGAUGCAGUGACCGAUGACCUCGAGAGACAGCUCUUCCCUGAGCUUUGGGACACAACCAAUAGAUUUGCGCAGCAGCAGGCGUGGAUCUGGGGUGGUGACUAUCUGGCCCAUUUUCCGGGCUUUGCCGAGUCUUGA